CAAAGUGCCUGUUGACUGCGUGUAAGCAGGUCAGCGUUUCCGCUAAAGCCUUCAGCACCCUAAGUUGAUGUUUUACGGGAUCCAGAGAGUUAUUUCAAAACCACUAUUUCACUCUCUGAAGCAGCUUGUUUUGUUACGCAGUUCCCGAAAACUGACCUCUAAAAUGGCAUUUCAGUAUCCACAGGCUUACCGUGACGAGGCAGUUGUGGAUGACUAUCAAGGCUGCAAAGUACCAGAUCCAUACAGCUGGCUGGAGGACCCGGACAGUGAAAAGACACAGGCCUUUGUCAGCGCCCAGAACCAGCUGACUUUGCCGUUUCUGGAGCGCUGUGAGGUGCGAGAUCUGUUCAAGGAGCGCAUGACAGAGCUGUAUGACUACCCCAAGUAUAGCUGUCCCUUCAAGAGGGGGAGCAGGUACUUUCACUUUUACAACACAGGCCUCCAGAACCAGAGUGUGAUGUACGUGCAGGAGAGCCUGGAUGCUGAGCCCACGGUCUUUUUGGAUCCCAACACGUUUUCUGACGACGGAACAGUUGCCCUUCGGGGCUAUGCAUUCUCUGAGGAUGGGGAGUACCUGGCAUAUGGCACCAGUGCCAGCGGGUCCGACUGGGUGGAGAUCCGGUUCCUGCAGGUUGAAGGCGCCAUGCCUCUAGAGGACCGCCUGGAGCGAGUCAAGUUUAGCUGCAUGUCCUGGACCCAUGAUGGGAAGGGACUUUUCUACAACUCCUACCCCGACCAAGAGGGCAAGAGUGAUGGCACCGAAACCUCCACCAACCUGCACCAGAAGCUGUACUUCCAUGUCCUAGGGACGCCGCAGUCUGAGGACGUGCUGUGCGCCGAGUUCCCUGACCACCCCAAGUGGAUGAGUGGAGCUGAGGUAUCAGAUGAUGGGCGAUAUGUACUGCUGUCCAUCAGGGAAGGUUGUGAUCCAGUCAACAGACUGUGGUACUGUGACCUUCAGACCACUCCUCAGGGUAUUAUAGGACUUUUGCCAUGGGUGAAGCUAAUCGACAACUUUGAUGCUGAGUAUGAGUACGUGACCAACGAGGACACGUUGUUCACAUUCAAGACCAACCUGGACGCCCCACGUUAUCGACUCAUCAACAUCGACUUUUCUUCCCCUGCUCAGAGCAACUGGAAGGAGCUCAUCCCUCAACAUGACAAGGACGUUAUUGUUUUCGCCACCUGCACAUACUCCAGCUACCUGUUUGUGUGUUUCCUCCACGACGUGAAGAAUGUGUUGAAAAUGUACCGUCUGAGCUCAGGGGAGGAGCUGAGGACCUUCCCUCUGGACGUCGGCUCUGUGGUGGGCUUCACAGGACGGAAGCGGGACUCUGAGAUCUUCUACUAUUUCACCUCCUUUCUCUCCCCAGCCAUCAUUUACCACUGUGACCUGACCCAGGAGCCGCUGCAGCCCCACAUCUUCAGAGAGGUCACCGUCAAAGGCUUCAACCCUUCCGACUACCAGACCACCCAGAUCUUCUAUCCCUCCAAGGAUGGCACUCAAAUCCCCAUGUUUAUCGUUCACAAGAAGGGCAUCAAAAUGGACGGUUCCCAUCCAGGUUUUCUGUACGGCUAUGGAGGCUUUAACAUCUCCAUCACACCGAGCUACAGCGUCUCCCGCCUCAUCUUUGUCAGACAUUUGGAUGGAGUCCUUGCUGUUGCCAACAUCAGAGGAGGAGGAGAGUACGGGGAGACCUGGCACAAAGCUGGCAUGUUGGCCAACAAGCAGAACUGCUUCACGGACUUCCAGUGUGCAGCUGAAUACCUCAUCAAGGAAGGGUACACUUCUCCUUCCAAACUGACUAUAAAUGGAGGCUCCAACGGUGGUCUGCUUGUAGCGGCCUGUGUGAACCAGCGCCCUGAGCUGUUUGGCUGUGCUGUUGCUCAGGUAGGCGUCAUGGACAUGCUGAAAUUCCACAAGUUCACCAUCGGCCACGCCUGGACCACAGACUUUGGCUGUUCGGAAGACAAAGAGCAGUUUGAGUGGCUCAUCAAAUACUCCCCGCUCCAUAACAUCCGCGUCCCAGAAGGCAACGGGGUCCAGUACCCCGCAGUGCUCCUGCUGACUGGGGACCACGAUGACCGGGUGGUGCCCCUCCACUCUCUCAAAUACAUCGCCACCCUGCAGUACAUCGUGGGCCGCAGCUCCAAGCAGACAAACCCCCUGUUCAUCCUUGUGGACACAAAGUCGGGCCACGGCGCCGGCAAGCCCACCAGCAAGGUCAUCCAGGAGGUGGCUGACACCUACGCCUUUAUCGCUCGCUGUCUCAACAUCUCUUGGGUCAAAUAACCAGUAUGCUUUUUUUUCUUUUGUUUAGUUUUCUUCUGUUACUCAAAUCAUCUUUGGAAUACUGCUCAUACCAACUGUUCACAUGUUCUUUAUAACUGUACACCAACACUUGGUACAGGAUAACUCGCCUUUACCCAGCCACCAUUACUAUAUCUUUUACAACAUACCCUGUCCUGCAGGCCAUGUUUGUAGUCCUGCUGGAGCUAAGCAUUACUACAUUAUCAGUGAUGGGUGUGUAAAGGGAGGGGGGCACCUUCAUGGUUACAGUGAUCAACCAAUCAGCCGUUACAGUCAUGAGGUCAAAGUGGCAAAAGUUUUAUUUGAAGAUCAUUUCUACAUCCUCUGGAUGCUCCACCAUUGAUGCAUUUUAUUUAUUUUUCGUUUGUGCACACGAUGGAAACGCUGUUGGAUGUUGAUUGAGCUUCAGCUUUUACAAUUCUGACAACACAGUAUUGUGCAAAUGAUGAUACUGCUAGCGGACAGUAUUGCUGUGGAUGUGAGUGCGGAAACAUGCAAAAAAAACACUUUGCGUGGUGUGGUGUGUGUGUGAGCAUGUGUGUGUGUGACUGAGUGUGAGAGUGUUUAAAUGUCAGUCCCCACAUUUCUUUCAGACUGAUAAUGAUUUCUACCUCUUGACAUGUGCUGAUUGUUUACCUUUUGAAGGAAACAAAACACAAUGCCACAGCUACAAUAAACAACUUUUUAAACAGUGA